AUGGCAAUGAAGCCGAAAAAAAUCGCAACAACAAACCCUAAAAAAUUGGAAAAAACCACACUUUACGUGAAUUCUGAAGAACAAAAAAAUAAGAAUACGCAGUUUUCGACUGUUGAUCAAUUAAACUUGGCGGAAAAGAGUAACGACGCGCUUAAUCAUCAAAAACAUAAAACUGAGGUUGAAACUUUAUUCUCGAAUUAUACAGAAUUUUGUCGGCAUUACAUCAAUGUCCGGCCGACCGAAGCAGAAGAAACCGAGAUUGAAAUAGGAGAAUUCCUACAAUUUUUUCGAAGUCUGAAAAGAGGACAAUUAGAACACUACAAGAGAGAUUUGAAUCUCCUUGUGACCAGACAGUUGAGGAAAUGCUAG